GGCUCCGCGGCGGUGCACUCUUCGAACAUGGGGUCCUCCUUGUCCCAUCACGUCCAGUAUGCCAGGCCUCCCCCCGCGAUCCCACCUGCGAAACCCGCCGCGACAGCUUCCGUCGCACAGGAUUCCUCUUCUCAAAACUGCCAGAGCUGUCGCUGGCUUUCUGGGUCUGCACUCCUCGGGGCAGGCGUCUACGUCUUCCUGCUGGGCCAGAGGCCCAUGAAGCGGGGACUCCCAAUGCGACCAGGCCCCAUAGCGCAGAUGUUCCUCGGCGUCUCUAUCGCCUGUUUGGGUGUAGUUAUCCUGGCGGACCCCAAGAAGAAGUCCCACCAAGUUUGAAAGUACCAGCAAUUAAUUGUAUCCUGUCUCUGGCUGUGCGGCAAAAAGAGCAAGCAUUGUGUUGGUGGAUAUUCUUUGCAGACGUGGACAGGGAUGCACUUCAUUAUAGAACAUGCCAAGAAGACUGUGACAACAUGAGCUGUCAUUCUUUGGUCUUGGAUGUUUACAACUUUCUCCCCUCAGGUUAUCAAGGGACAAAUAAAUCCCUUGGAAGCAAAAAUGUUUCAAUGUCUUGUCCAGGGAGGUUGUGUGUAGUUCAAAUUAUACUGAAAGAUAACAGUUUUAAGAAGAUAUUAAAAUGGAGUAAAUGAUAGUCUAAUCGUAAAGUAAGCUAUUUUAUUAUAGCAAAUAGUCCUUUUUACUUUUCUAAUUGUAUCAAUAGCUAUUCCCAACCUAACCCUGGAUAGGUACAUGAAACUAGAUUUGAAAAAUUUUUUGUGCUCUCCACAGUGUCUGUAAAUCCUUCACAACAGGGGUAGUUUCAAAGAGGCAAGAGUUACCUUUCCACACCAAAUGUCACUGCACAAUAAAAGACGUAAAUAUCAAAAUAUUUGAGAAAAGUUCAAAAAGAAAAUCUUGACAGUUUUUCCCAUUGACAUUAUAAGUAUUUUAGAUUGGAAUUGGGAUGAUUUUGAGAUAAAGACAUAAGAGAAAUGUCUGCUUGCUGUCAGGUCUUGGUUUAGGGGGUUUUCUUUGAAAUACUGAGGUGUCUGUACAAAGGUAUGUUUAGGAGGUUCUUCAUAGUAGAUACUAUUAAAUUCUGUACCAAGUAAUAAGUUUUGAAUACUAUGUUGAGCAAGUAUUUUACUUUAUUUUUUACAGUUUUAUACAUGUAUUUAAAAUAUUUGUCUUUUUUUUAAAAAAAAGAUCACUAAAGUUUUUUGGAUUUUUUUUUUUUUUUGACCACUAAGCUUUAUUAGGAUUGCUUGAAUAAGCAUAGGUAGGAGUCUGAACUACAGUAAUGAAGUGAAUGAUUUCUUUUUUCUUUUUGUUUUUUGGGUACAUCUGAAAAUUAUGUUUACUCUAUAGUUACUGUAACAGUAUCCUGAUUUAUUUCUUUCUUUCUUUUAGUGGGUUUUUUUGCUUUUUUUUCUUGACCUGAAACAAGCUAUGCAUAUAUAGGAAGAGAAACAUCAAUUUAAAAGAAUGCCCUUAUCAUAUUGCCUAUGGGCAAAUUUGUGGGCCAUUUUCUUGACUAGUGAUUGUGUGGGAGGGCCCAGCCCACUGUGGGUAUUUCCUCUCCUGCACAUAAGACAGCAUGAUGAGCAAGCUAGGGGGAACAACCAGUAAGCAGCACUCUGCUUCAGUUCCUGCCUCCAGGUUCCUCCUCUGAGUUCCUACCUUGGCUUCCCUAAUAAUGGACUAUAACCUGUAAGCCUAAUAAACCCAUUCCUCCCUAAAGCUUUUGGUUGUGAUGUUUUAUCAUAGUAAUAACCCUAAGAUGAAUAGUUGAAAAUAUUGUAUAUAUACUUUAAAAUGCUAUUGAUAAAAAUGUUUUUGUUCAUCUUAACCUUUAGGGCAUAUGUUUGGGGGUAUUGUUUUCAGUUUGUUUUCCUGGGGAUGACCGUGCCUUAGUAUUUAUGACUGCUAAUUGCCCAGGGUGGUAAGUACUGAAAAUUGGGUGAUUAUAGUUUUUCAGAAUGGAAGUUUACCAUAUAGAUGGCUCUUUACAUCAAAUAAUUUGCUGCUGUAAUGCUGUUUGAUAGCAUCUUACUAAAAGGAGAACUUGAAGACUGGGAAUUAAUCUCACAAACCCUGCAGCUGUUUCAUCACCUUAAACUUGUAAGAGAGUCUCAAUCAUUUAUUGAUGUUUAAAUUGCUGCUGGUCCCAGAGCAGUGGCUAGUCCCUGGCAGAGAAACAUGUGGUGGGCAAGAGACAGAGACAUGGAUAGGCACGACAUAUAGAGUGAGGUU